AACCAAACUACCUCCAUCCUUCAACACGCCAAAUUCAUUCAUCCCUCAUCCAUCCCCUCACGCUCCCCAGAUAACGAAAUCGAAAAUCCUUCGCCAUGGGUCGGUUAGAGGAAGCUCAAGAAAUUCAGAAGAGGGAUCCUGCAAGGGCGGAAGCCAUGUAUAAGGAGAUGAUUUCGAAGCCACCGGGGAUGAACGAUGCUGAGCUGAGGGAAUACGAACUGGUGUUGGUUGCGUUGGGUGGGAUCUAUAGGGAUGCUAGACGAACGGGAGAGCUCGCAGAGUUGAUUAAGGCCAGCCGAUCUAUAAUGUCUUCAUUUGCGAAGGCGAAGACUGCAAAGAUUGUCCGCCAGCUAAUCGACCUCUUUACCACUAUUCCUGAUACCCUCGACAUCCAAAUAUCCGUUACAAAAUCCUGUAUUGAGUGGGCCAUCCAAGAGAGGCGCUCUUUCCUCCGUCAAAACCUCGAAACCCGUCUGGUAGGACUCUACCUACAAAAACACUCCUACACCGAAGCCCUCUCACUCAUCAACUCCCUCCUCAAAGAACUAAAACGCCUCGAUGACAAAAUGGUCUUGGUAGAAGUCCAGCUCCUGGAGUCACGGGCUUACCAUGCUCUCCGAAACAUCCCCAAAUCUCGCGCUUCCUUGACCUCCGCGCGCACAUCCGCCAAUGCCGUUUACUGCCCUCCACUCAUGCAAGCCGGUUUAGAUAUGCAAUCUGGGAUUCUCCACGCUGAGGACAAGGACUACAACACGGCCUUCUCGUACUUUAUCGAAGCGCUGGAUGGAUACUCGGCCCAGGACGAGACGAAGAAGGCCAUUGCAGCGCUAAAAUACAUGCUUCUUUCAAAGAUCAUGUUGAAUCUUACCGAUGACGUCCAUCAGAUAAUGACCGGUAAGCUCGCUAUAAAGUACGCCGGCCGCGAUAUCGAGGCUAUGAAAGCGGUAGCAAGAGCUCAUUCGAACCGCUCCUUGGCCGAGUUCGAAAAGGCUCUUGAAACCUUCAAGGAGGAGUUGAGAUCUGACCCAUUCAUCAGAUCUCACUUCACCGCGCUAUAUGAUACCCUCCUGGAACAGAACUUGGUCAGGGUCAUUGAGCCCUUCUCGCGCGUGGAGAUCGAGCACGUUGCCAAGUUGGUUGGCCUCGGGACUCCGCAUGUGGAAGCCAAGCUGAGUCAGAUGAUCCUGGAUAAGGUCUUCUCCGGGGUGUUGGACCAGGGGAGCGGUUGCUUGAUUGUGUUUGACGAGGUUGGGAGGGAUAAGAGCUAUGAUGCUGCGUUGGAGACUAUUAAAAAGCUAUCGGAUGUGGUUGAGGUGCUCUAUACCAACCAGGCUUCUAUGCUGGAUUAGGGAUCGUGGUUAGACGAAUAGACACUUUACCGGUCGAUGACGAUCGGGGAAGUAA